GGGGCGGAGUCGGGGGUGGGGGUAGGGGUGGUUGCCGGAUGUUCAACCUAGCUCCUGCUUUCUCAGCCCUGGCUGAACUGAGCACGGCCUCCCCAUGGCUGAGGUAAAAGUGAAGGCACAACCGCCGGAUGCGGACCCGGUCGAAAUAGAAAACAGGAUUAUAGAAUUAUGUCAUCAGUUCCCUCAUGGAAUCACAGACCAAGUUAUUCAGAAUGAGAUGCCUCAUAUAGAAGCUCAACAGAGGGCAAUGGCCAUCAACAGACUCUUAUCUAUGGGACAGUUGGAUCUCUUAAGGAGCAAUACAGGCCUUCUGUAUAGAAUAAAAGAAUCUCAGAAUACUGGUAAAAUGAAGGGAUCAGAUAACCAAGAGAAGCUAGUGUACCAAAUCAUAGAAGAUGCUGGAAACAAAGGUAUCUGGAGCAGAGAUAUUCGAUAUAAAAGUAACUUGCCAUUAACAGAAAUCAACAAAAUACUAAAGAAUUUGGAGAGUAAAAAGCUCAUCAAAGCUGUUAAAUCUGUGGCAGCCUCAAAGAAGAAGGUUUAUAUGCUGUAUAAUUUACAGCCUGAUAGAUCAGUAACUGGUGGAGCCUGGUAUAGUGACCAAGAUUUUGAAUCUGAAUUUGUAGAAGUGCUAAACCAACAGUGUUUUAAAUUCUUACAAAGCAAGGCAGAAACAGCUAGAGAAAGCAAACAGAACCCUAUGAUACAAAGAAACAGUUCGUUUGCUUCAUCUCAUGAAGUAUGGAAAUAUAUUUGUGAACUAGGCAUUAGUAAGGUAGAGUUGUCCAUGGAAGAUAUUGAAACAAUUUUGAACACACUUAUUUAUGAUGGCAAAGUGGAAAUGACUAUCAUUGCUGCCAAAGAAGGUACAGUUGGCAGUGUUGAUGGACAUAUGAAACUGUAUAGGGCUGUUAGUCCAAUCAUACAGCCUACUGGCUUAGUCCGAGCACCUUGUGGACUCUGUCCGGUUUUUGAUGACUGCCAUGAAGGUGGUGAAAUUUCACCUUCGAAUUGUAUAUAUAUGACAGAGUGGUUGGAAUUUUAAUAGCAAAGUGUGCAUUCUACUCACAUUUUAUAAAUGCAGAAGAAAAUGAAAUUACUUUGAAAGCUAAGAAUGUAUUUAUCAUGAACUAUUGAAGUUGGUUAAAAGCAAACUUCACUAAAAGACUUCUUGCUGUAUAGAACAUAUUUCUAUUUAUAAAGAUUAAAAAUUCUGAUAUAUGUUGCUGAGUGGGCCAAAAGUACAUGAGGCAGCUAUUAGAGAUUAAUAGUGAAACUAUUCCUCUUGCUAAUAAAGUACCAUGAAAAUAAGAGGAAUUCGCCUACCAAGCUAUCAAAAGGGAUUAUUUUUGAAUGGUUUUAAAGAGGAAAAUAAACUACAAGAUAAUUCUGACAUUUGCCAAGGACAGAGGUAAUAAAGGGAACUUGAAAUUUCCCCUUCCUAUGUUGCUGCUAGAGGCAAGCAGUUUUGAGUUAAUGCAGAUAUUGUGAAAAAGCAUUAUGUCUGGUUCAUUCUCACCAUUAUCGUUUUCCAUUGAUCAAUUGAGCAAGAAGUUGAAAGCUGCCAGAUGAAAAGGCUUAAAGGUAGUAGAAACAGCAACAGGCAGGACCACAUGCAGACUAGAUAAAUAUGUGGAACGGUUAGGCAUUGUUAUCCCAAACACUCUACUUAUUCUCACAUAAUGGAACAGAAAAGCAUUGAAAAGCACUUACUGUUUGGCAAGAACAGUGCUAAAUUCUGAAGACACCAAAGGAAAAGGGAGAUGGUUCCUGCCUUCAAGGAGCUCACGCUGUAAUUUGGGUAGACAGCACAUAAGGGAGAAUUCAGCUUCAUGGCCAAUGAAAAAAACAUGAAUCCAGCUGACAAACCAGCAGGGCAGAUGGUAAGGCUCUGUGGACCUUGGGGAGCAGUGGUAGGGUAGACAGUCUCCAAACAAUGACUGUUGGGAAGGGGUUAGGUGGGUGGGCCCAAGGGUUAAAGUGAAGUGUCUCUGUUACCUCCACCAGCCAAGAUGGGGAUGGGGGUAGGGGCGGGGAGUAGGGGCAGGUUAGCAUCCUAUUGAAAGUGGAUAUCCAUUGCUUGGUGGGAGCUUUGGAACUGGACAUUUGGGAUUAAGUUGGAAGGUUCUCCAAAGCUGAUUCAUGCUGGCCCUUAUUCAUUAGGUGCCCCUUGCUGGACUGAGGCAAGUGAUGGUAAGGUCCUCAUUUUCCUGCCAUGGUGGCUGCUAGUAUUGGUCUGUUUUCAGGCCGUCCUGUUAUUGGGCUGGUGCAGAGAAGUAAUUUAACAGAAGUAAGGAAACUUUAAACCAAAAUAAUGACAGUUACAAAGGGUAUAUGUUUUUUCAAUGUAUAGAUGUUAAUUACUAUUCUUGUUUAGUAAAAGCAUUAAUUUCAUUUGAAAUACUUGCUUUAUUUUAUGGUAUGCAACUCAAUGGCUCAGUUUCAUUGUUGCCCAUCGUUUUUAUUUAAUGACAAAUUAUAAUUGCCCUUGGAAAUAUCAUUACAUUUUGAGCUUUAAAAGGCCAGCAGCCUAGAAAUUAAAGUUGGUCUGUCCUCAGUAUAAGUUGAAUAAUUUUGUGUAUUUAAUAUUCCUUUCUCCCCCUCCGUCUGUGAUGUUUAAAGUGAUGUAUUCUUCGAUGACUCUGAUUUCAUCAAACUGUAAAUUCCCUGAUUCCAUUCCCUCUUUAUGGUUCAUCCUGUGCUAGUUGUUCAUCCUUGAAUAAAUCCUUUAGAGCUGGUCUACCAA